AUGAAUCAACCCCACAUGCUUUGUAGUAGUUUCACCGAUAAACAUCGACCAAUCGAUGAGAAGCAAGUUAAGCGAAGUUACAUUUGUACAAACAUGGAGAUUCAAACUACAACUUAUCCGUGGUUGCAGCGACACGGUGCGACUGUUUGUUUUCGAUUAGACGACACAAUGGCAAUUAAAGACUCCUAA